ACGCCAUUUUGGUCCCAGAGGUGCUUCUGGGAAGUAGAUCCACACGCCUGCAGGCCUGCCAGAUACGGCCUCUUGUGCUGCGGCUUUUAGGUCGAAGUGUUUGCGACUGCCGCUGCUGUGGUUUUACUGUCCUUGUCCUCGAAACCCUCUAGUCAAGCGGGAGCCUCUGAGCACCGGGCCGCGCCAUCGGGGGUCACACCGCCAGGAAGGAGGUGACAGGGGCGGCGCGGGGCGCGGACACUCCCCGCCGAGAGCCCGCCUGCCAUGGAUUCGGAAUAUUACAGCGGCGACCAGUCAGAUGAUGGUGGCGCUACCCCAGUACAGGAUGAACGGGAUUCAGGGUCAGACGUUGAGGAUGAUGUAAAUGAGCAGCACUCUGGAUCAGACACUGGAAGUGUAGAACGUCAUUCAGAGAAUGAACCUAGUGAUCAAGAGGAUGGCCUCAACAAAAGACAUCAUGUGACGGAUUCUGAGAAUGACGACCCCUCAAAUCUUAAUGCCAGUGACUCUGAAAGUGAGGAACUUCAAAGGCAGAAGGACAGUGACUCUGAAUCUGAAGAGCAUGCAGAGCCUCCUGCUAGUGAUUCUGAAAAUGAGGACACAAAUCAGCAUGGGAGCGACUCUGAGAUUGAGGAGACCAGGAAAUUACCUGCCAGUGACUCUGAAAAUGAGGAGCUUCUUAAUGGGCAUGCAAGCGAUUCAGAAAAUGAAGACGUUAGAAAGCAUUCUGCCAGUGAUUCCGAGAUGGAAGAGCUCCCCAAAAGUCCUGCUAGUGACUCUGAAACAGAGGAUGCUCUAAAACCGCAAAUCAGUGACUCCGAGAGUGAGGAGCCCCCACAGCACCAAGCCAGUGAUUCCGAAAAUGAGGAGCUUCCCAAGCCGAGAGUUAGUGAUUCUGAAAGUGAGGAGCUUCCUAAGCCUCGGGUCAGUGACUCGGAAAGUGAGGAGCCGCAGAGGACUCAGGCCAGCGACUCUGAAAAUGAGGAGCUGCCCAAACCCCGUAUCAGUGACUCAGAAAGUGAGGGACCCCCACGGCACCAGGCCAGCGACUCUGAAAAUGAGGAGCUUCCCAAACCCCGUAUCAGUGACUCAGAAAGUGAGGGACCCCCACGGCACCAAGCCAGUGACUCUGAAAAUGAGGAGCUUCCCAAACCUCGGAUUAGUGAUUCAGAAAGUGAGGACCCUCCAAGGAACCAGGCUAGUGAUUCAGAAAACGAGGAACUUCCCAAGCCCCGAGUCAGUGACUCUGAGAGUGAGGAGCCUCAGAAGGGACCUGCCAGUGAUUCCGACACGGAGGAUGCCUCCAGGCACAAACAGAAGCCAGAGUCAGAUGAGGACAGCGAUGGGGAGAAUAAGGGAGAGGAUACAGAGACGCAGAAGGACUCCUUUCAUUCAGAUAGCCAUAUAGACAGGAAAAGGAUCCAGAGUUCUGACAGUGAGGAGGAAGAACCCAAGAGGCCAAAAAUUGACAGUGAUGAAGAUGAAGAAAAAGUGGGGGAGGAGGAGAAAGUAGCAAAGCGAAAAGCUGCUGUGCUUUCUGAUAGUGAAGAUGAAGAGAAAGCAUCAGCAAAGAAGAGUCGGGUUGUCUCUGAUGCAGAUGACUCUGACAGUGAUGUUAUAUCAGACAAAUCAGGCAAAAGAGAGAAGACUCUAGCAUCUGACAGUGAAGAAGAAGUAGGAAAAGAACAAUUGUCUGAUAAGAAAAAUGAAGAGAAGGAUCUGUUUGGGAGUGAUAGUGAGUCGGGGAAUGAAGAAGAAAAUCUUAUUGCAGACAUAUUUGGAGAAUCUGGUGAUGAAGAAGAAGAAGAAUUUACAGGUUUUAACCAAGAAGAUUUGGAAGAAGAAAAAAGUGAAACCCAGGUAAAAGAAGCAGAAGAUUCAGAUUCUGAUGAUAACAUAAAGAGAGGGAAACAUAUGGACUUUCUGUCGGAUUUUGAGAUGAUGUUGCAGCGGAAGAAGAGCAUGAGCGGCAAGCGCAGACGAAACCGUGAUGGCGGUACUUUUAUCAGUGACGCUGACGACGUCGUGAGUGCCAUGAUCGUCAAGAUGAACGAAGCUGCUGAGGAAGACAGACAGUUGAACAAUCAAAAAAAGCCAGCACUGAAAAAAUUAACAUUAUUGCCGACUGUGGUCAUGCACCUUAAGAAGCAAGACCUUAAAGAAACAUUUAUUGACAGUGGUGUGAUGUCUGCCAUCAAAGAAUGGCUCUCCCCUCUACCUGAUAGGAGUUUGCCAGCACUAAAGAUUCGAGAGGAGCUAUUGAAGAUUCUACAAGAGCUACCUAGUGUGAGCCAGGAGACCCUGAAGCAUAGUGGGAUUGGACGAGCAGUGAUGUAUCUCUAUAAACACCCCAAGGAAUCAAGGUCCAACAAGGAUAUGGCAGGGAAAUUAAUCAAUGAAUGGUCUCGGCCUAUAUUUGGUCUUACCUCAAACUAUAAAGGUAUGACAAGAGAAGAAAGAGAGCAGAGAGAUCUAGAACAAAUGCCUCAGCGACGGAGAAUGAACAGCACUGGUGGUCAGACACCCCGAAGAGACCUGGAGAAGGUGCUGACGGGAGAAGAGAAAGCUCUCAGACCCGGAGAUCCUGGAUUCUGUGCCCGUGCGAGGGUCCCCAUGCCCUCAAACAAGGACUAUGUUGUCCGACCUAAGUGGAAUGUGGAAAUGGAGUCAUCCAGGCCUGGUAUUCUUAAAAAGGGCCUAAGCCGGUUGGAAAAGCAUAAGAGGCGAUUUGCAGAACAGAAACGACUCAGCAAAGUGCACCGUGCUGUCAAGUUCAGCAUUGAAGGCAACAGGAUGCCCCUGUAGUCCUGGCCCUACCAGAGUGUAUCGGGAGGUACCCCCAGGGAAGCAUGCUCUGUGCAUGGGCUUGAAUUGUCAGCAGCUAGAGUGAAAACAAGCGUGCGUGUGCUUUCUUAACCAGAAAAGGCGCGGCCCACUUUUAGUUACUGAAAAAAUGACGUUAACAAACACUUUGUGACUUUUGAGGCCUAUUGAAUGUUUAAACAUGGAUAUGGAAGUUUCUUCCUUUAUUAGAAAGGAAAUUCAUAUAUAAUUCAUAUAUAAUUAAGUCCCUGAUAAGCAUUUGGUCUUCCUCUGAUGCAUUUUUAUUAAAAAGGCUUUUUUAGGGUCCAGAAUCACAGUAGUCUGCAUUACAGGCAUGUAAAUAUAGCUUCUUAGUGGAAGGGAGGUGGCUUUUCCACCCAGUGUCUGUGUGCAUUUGAGGACCCAUUGCGUGAGGCCUUACACUGAAUAUUUAGGAAAUAAACUGGAUGGAUUUAGUUCAUGAUCAGAAGUGAAAGAGUUGGGACCGUUUGUAGCAAUGCCUUUGGCACUGUGGACUCCUGAGAGUCUGAGCAUGUUGCCUUCCUCUCAUGACUUCUCUGUGACCCCAGCUCAGGCGACUCUCACGACUACACACCUCCGUACCCGUUCACUUUUGCUGUUAAGCUGCAAUCAAAACAAAGCACACUUUCUUACUUAGAAUAAACAAAAGACAGAAGAGCACUAUUGCUUCAGAGCCAAGAACAUUUUUGUAACUUCCUUCCCCCUUUUUAUACUUUUACCCAUAUCCACGUCCCUUGAUAUCCCUUCUCUUCCUUAGCCACCCCUCUUUUUACUUUUACUUUUUUCACUCACUGCCUUUUCCUUCUUUCAGUUCUUUUCUCUGGUACUUUCUCUUCCCCAGCAUGCUUACUUUUGAGAAUUGAGAACUACCAUAUGGCAAAGAAACUGGAAUAAAAAAGUCUCAGUGGCCACUUCUCUUUGGAAGCCUAUCUGUGUCCUGAAUGGCAUGUGCCUUCUACCCAUAUGUGACAGGGAGGUGGGAAGAGAUGGCCCAGCCUCCUGCUAGAGCAGCGAGAGGUGACCAGCAGGAGGAGAGAGAGAUUUAAGCUCAACUCCUUUCCUUCAUCCCAGCACUCCCAAGAUCACAAUGUGCCAGUAUUUAUCUAGGCCUGAGUCUGCCUGAUAGAGCUCUGCCAAUAAAUCGGUAAGGCAUGACCUGGGAGCUGCUGGUUUCCGUUACAUUUAGGAUUGUGUCCUUAGACCACCAGACACUGUUUCCCCUGUGUAGGAAACGUCUUCACAGGGUGUCCACACCACACAGACACUAAGAUUACUGUGAGAAAACGUAUUUUCCAAGAAGAAAAUUGGAGUAAAUGGCUUUCAAAUGAAAUUGUUUUAAAUGUCAUUUUUAUCUUUGAAAUUACAUAAGUAAAUAUAAAACACUUUAGAAUAACCCAUUCCCAAAACCCUGCUCUUCCUCAAAGUCCCCACUAUUAACAGUUUGAUGUGUUAAAUGUAUUUCUAGUACUUCAAAGUUGGUUUUUUCUGGUUGUAAUUAUAGAAAAGUCUGAGAUUAGAAAGGGAAAUCACCCUUUCAAAUUCAAAAGCAGUUUGAUACAAUUUUUGCCCUUUUUUUCUAUUGAUACUUUUCAUAUCAUUAAAAUUAUUCUGUAUAUAAUUUUGGUCACUUUCCCUUAUAAUUUUAUCAUUUAUAAUGGCUGCCUAAUAGUCUAUUAUGUGAAUAUACAAUUUGCUUAUUCCUCUAUGGUUUCUGAUUUUUCACUCCUAAAUAAUGCAGUAACCUAUACUACAUUGUAUGUUUAUAUGUUAAUUUUUUCCAUGGAGUGCUUUUAAGAUAACACUAAAAUGACAAAAAACAAUGUAUGUUUUUAUAUAAACUUUUAAAUGCAUAAAGCACAAAUAAAAUUAAUGUUGUUUGUAAUUCCACCACACCUUAAAUAAUUUUGGGCUACUUCCUUUUUGUCCUUUUUAUAUUGUACAUAAACAUUGCUGGUUUUGUGCUUUGGUAUUUUUGUUUUCAACUUUUAUGCAAAACUGUUAUUUUAUACUUUGUUGGAUUAGUGUUUUACUUAACAUGGUAAAAAUUCAUUUGAGUAAACAUUCUUCAGUGACUUAAUAUUGUGCUCUAAUACAGUUCUACCAUAAUUUUUUAAAGCAAACCCAUCUUGCUAAUCUUUUUAGCUGCUUUUGGUUUUUCACUGAUGAAAUAGUGCAGCAUACACUUUGUCCUAAGAAAGUGGUGCAGAAUUGAGUCAGGCGAGAGAUCAUUGAAUUUGGCAUGUUAGAUACUGUCUCCUGUGUGUUUCCAGGCUUGGGGAAAUUAGUUGUCUGCCAGCUACGAGUCUUAUAAGUUCUAUAACUAGGAGUGGAUUCAUGUCACCUGGGUAUGUCCCAUUUGAUGAGACUAGAGGGCCCGGAUUGUUAGGGUCCUAGGAGACACUAUUGACUGGUGUGAAAAGCUGCUGGGAGUUGAGGAAUUGGUGCAGAUCUGAGCAGGUAAGGCUUCUGAUGUGGACUGACUAUGAGUACUGAAAAUCAGGACACAUGAUCUGAAAGGAGGUCACAUAUUUAGGACUGUCCAGGCUGAGUGAAGAAGUGGGAUAUGACUUGGGAGAUUCCCCAACUCAAAGGAACAUCACCACACUAGUACCCACCCCCAGUGUCUUCUGAGCCCUCCCUUCUUUUAGCAGUCUUGGAACUGAGCUUCACAGAUGACUCCGUAGUAAACAUCUGGGGAGAAGAAUUAGAAAAACUCCUCUCUUUUUAAACCACUCAACAUUCUUAAAGAUGGGAAUUGUCAGUAACACUGGUCAGCAAGAGUUCGCCCUGAUCUUUGAUAGCAGUGGCAGACCUUCUCAGCAUUUUUAAAGGUAUUGAUUUCUAGAGACUGCAUCUCUUCAAGACGCACAGUUGUUUCAAAUUAUAAAAGAAAUAACCAAAAACUAAAUCUUUAAACGUAAAAGAUUUGCUGGAAGAGAUGCAAGAAGUGGUAAGCCCCUUGGAUCAAAAGACUUAAUUGAGUUUAUUUUUUGAAUCAAGUAUACUUAUAAAUCUAGUUUGUUCCAAAGUAGCAGUAAUAACAGUAAUAACUGAUACUUAUUUUGAGCACUGACUGUAUGCUAGUAUUUGACAGUGUUACCUCAUUUACCUCUCCUGGUGCUCCUGAAAGUACAGACCAGGGACCUAGUUUUGCCCAGGGCUACAGACCCUGCUGAAGCAGAGCAAGACUCACUUCAAGUGUGAAACGAGAGCUUCG